AUGGCUUCAACCAUCGCUGUUGUAGGUGCCACAGGCAAGCAAGGUGGGUCUGUGGCCCGUUCGCUACUCCAAAACCCAUCAUUCAAAGUCCGGGCUGUUACACGCAAUAAGAGCUCUGACGCCAGCCAGUCCUUGGCAUCGGCUGGAGCGGACGUUGUCCAGGCGAACGGAUUCAACCAUGAAGAGAUGGUAGCAGCCUUGAAAGGAGCAUCAGGGCUGUACAUGAAUAUCAACUCCGACGACAAGGCAUGGAGAGAUCCUGCUGGCCCAACUGAAUUCGAUCUUGGAAAGUCAAUCGUCGAUGCAGCAAUCGAAGCGGGUGUGGAGACCUUUGUCUACAGUGGUGGCCCGCCUUGCACUGAGUUGACCGGUGGAAAGGUGAGUAUGAAAGCAAUGGACAUGAAGUAUCGGGUAGAACAAUAUGCGAGAGAGACCGGAAGGUUCCAGACGAUUGUUAUUGUGAACCCGGCCUGGUACUUCGAAAACUUCCUUGUCAAGGAGGUUGCCCCAGUCUUUGGAGGCUUCCCAUUUUUCCCCGACUCUGAGGGCUUCCUGACAUUCCGCGUGCCUCACUGGGGCGGGGACAACCAGGUCCCAUUUUUGAAUAUCACCGAAGAUUAUGGUGACAUCGUGCAUGGCAUAUUCUUGGAACCUACCCGAUGGAACGGUCGUGUUAUUCACGGAGCAAGCGAUCUCAUUGGAUUUGAUCAAUUGACCGCUACCUUUGAGUCAGUUACUGGUCAAAAGUCUCGGUUCGAACCGAUACUGCCCAACUGGGAGGCCUUUGACACCCAUGGAAUCCCAGAAUUGGAGGAUGUCAAGCUUAUGUUCGGUUUUACUCAGAACACCGGGGGCCGUUACUUCGGUGAAGAGGCGAGCGAGAUCAACACGGCCACUGAGCUGAAAAGAAUCGUAGCACAUGCGUUGGGUCGGCCUGAAGAGAAGCACCAGUUGCAGACGGCUAAAGGUUUCUUCCGGGCCAACUUUCAGUAG